AUGACACUAGCUGAGAUCCAACUGAACAAAGAAAACGAGGUUUGAUUAACUUAUUCAAAAAAAAAACUUUCUCACUUUUGUUCUUUCAGAACAUCGUAUCCAAGCCAACCGAGUCGCGAAUGGAUUUGAAGCCUAUUGUAACCAAAGACAGCGUUUUCACCGAGGUAUUUGACUAAAUAUAUGAAUCUAGUUGAAUAAAAUGAGUUGCAGUUCAUUGGAAAUGCUCUCGACGCCCAAGAGCCGCUUCUCAUGGAUAAUCCCAACCGAUUCGUCGUAUUUCCACUCAAAUACCAUGACAUUUGGGCCUUCUACAAGAAAGCGGUGGCUUCAUUUUGGACAGUGGAAGAAGUGGACCUCGGCAAAGACAUGACCGACUGGGAGAAGAUGAACGACAACGAAAGAUUCUUCAUCUCCCGUGUCCUCGCCUUUUUCGCCGCCUCCGACGGCAUCGUCAACGAGAACUUGGUUUGUCUUCAAAUUAGGUCUUUUCGAAAGUUUUCGUUUAGGUUGAAAGGUUUUCGAACGAGGUGCAGGUGCCCGAAGCCCGAUUUUUCUACGGCUUCCAGAUCGCCAUAGAGAACAUUCACUCCGAAAUGUACAGCAAGCUCAUUGAAACUUAUAUCCGAGAUGAGAAAGAGAGGUACAAACCGUUCAUUAGGGAAAAUUGAAAUGUUUAUUUUCCAGGAAAACACUUUUCAAUGCGAUCUUUGAGUUUCCUUUCGUGAAGAAGAAGGCGGAAUGGGCUCUUCGGUGGAUCGCCGACCGAAAUGCUUCCUUCGCAGAGCGCGUCAUCGCCUUCGCGGCCGUCGAGGGAAUCUUCUUCUCCGGCUCGUUUGCCUCCAUCUUCUGGCUCAAGAAGCGCGGUCUUAUGCCAGGGCUCACCCAGUCCAACGAACUCAUCUCCAGGUUCGUCUUUGACUACAAUUUGUUUUAUUUUCAUGGAAUUUGCUUUGAAAGGCUUUCAGAAUUUUAUCGAAGCCAUAUAUCUAUAGAUAUGAACCGAAAUUUUAUAAAUAACCAGUGAGUUUGUAGGAAAAUGUUGAAUUUUCGACGGGAGUAGGUUAAAAAUUCAGAACAAAAAAAAAAUUAAAUUCAAAAACGUGAAAUUUUUAGAGACGAAGGGCUACACCGUGAUUUCGCGUGCUUGAUGUACCGUCAUAUCAAGAACAAGUUGUCUCACGAGAGGAUAAAUGAAAUAAUCCGCGAUGCUGUCGUCAUAGAACAGGUAAUAGAUAUGAAAAGAUACCUUUCAGUGGAAAAUGAUUUCAGGAGUUUUUGACGGAGGCGCUCCCGUGCGACAUGAUUGGAAUGAACUGCCGACUCAUGUCGCAGUACAUCGAGUUUGUUGCCGACCAUUUAUUAGUUGAGUUGGGAUGCCAGAAGGUGAGAGAAAUGAAAUUAUUUCAAAAAUGAAGCAAUAUUUCUUCGCAGAUUUACAACUCGAAGAACCCGUUCGACUUCAUGGAGAACAUCUCCAUCGACGGGAAGACCAACUUUUUUGAGAAAAAAGUCUCAGAAUACCAGCGGCCAGGUGUCCUUGCCAAGGAGGAGGAACGUCAGUUUAACCUUGAGGCCGAUUUCUAA